AUGAAAGCUACUAUUCAAACAUGGAAACUAAUGCUACAGAAGGCUGAGCCCACACUACCGUUGAAAACCUUGCAGAUCCCUAUAGAGAUCCUGCAAUAUUAUAUUCCAGACUUCUCGGUGAGCGGAUGGCGGAAAGCUGGGUUACAGGAGAACAAUCUGACUGUCGAUGUACAGUUUUUCCUCUUAGGAUUUCAAAGCAGCCAACAGUUAAAAUUGUCCCUGUUCUGCCUUCUCCUGGUUGUUUACUGUGGGACAAUAUGUGGGAAUCUUCUGAUCAUCACCCUGGUGUUCACCAGCAAAAACCUCCACACUCCAAUGUACUUCUUCAUCUCACACCUGUCCAUCAGUGACAUUGUGUUACCUACAGAUAUUGUCCCCAACACGUUUCACAUCCUACUGAAUAAUGGAGGAACCAUUACUUUUUAUGGUUGCAUGACUCCGUUUUUUUUCUUCAGUGCCUCAGAGGUAUUUGAAUGUCUCCUUCUCACAGUGAUGUCUUUUGACAGAUAUGUGGCCAUCUGUAACCCUUUCCAUUACACAUCUAUUAUGACAAGGGCUCAUUGUGUGAUAUCAACCACCAUGUGUUGGGUUUUAGCUUUUGCCAUUGCCUUGAUUUACAGCUUCACAAUAUCGAUGCUGACAUUUUGUCGACCAAAUAUCAUUGACCAUUUUUUCUGUGAUCUUAUCCCUCUACUAGAAAUCGCCUGUUCUAGUACUUACAAUAAUGAGUUAGAGGUCUAUAUAGUAUGUUUACUAGUACUGUUCAUGGCCAUUAUAAUAAUCAUAUCUUAUGUUAACAUUAUUGUCACCAUAUUACGCUUCCAGUCCAGUAUCAGUAGACAGAAAGCCUUCUCCACCUGUAGCUCCCACCUCAUUGUGGUUUCCAUAUUUUACAUUACUCUACUGAGUGUAUAUUUUUCCCCCAAAGGAGGACAAACCUUGAACCUUAGUAAACUUCUAUCACUGCUGUAUACUGUAUUUACUCCACUCAUCAAUCCCAUUAUAUACAGUCUGAGGAAUAAGGAAAUCAAAAAAUCUCUACAGGAAAUAAUCAACAAAUGUGAGUAA